CUUUUGGUUAAAAAAAUAUUAAAAAGGUAUUUUUAUAAAGAUAAAGAUGAGUUAUAAGGAAGAUGUUCUUUUUCAUUCAAAAAAAUCUGGUGCUCUUAAAUUUGGUACAUUUUUUUUAAAAUCUGGUCGAAAAAGUCCAUAUUUUUUUAAUAGUAGUUUUAUGAAUAGUUCUGUUCUUCUUAAAUCACUAGCAAUUGCCUUUUCCCAUGUUAUUUUAAAUUUGAAUAUUGAAUUUGAUAUUAUUUUUGGACUUGCAUAUAAAGGAAUUCCUUUAGGUGCAAUUACAACUUUAAAACUUUGUGAACUGGAUAAAACUAAAGAGAAUAUUGAAUUUGUAUAUCAUAGAAAAGAGAAAAAAGAUCAUGGAGAAGGAGGUAAUAUUGUUGGGACAUCAAUGAAGGGAAAGAAGGUAUUGAUUUUGGACGAUGUAAUUACAGCUGGUACAGCAAUUCGAGAGGCAAUAAGUAUUGUUGAAAAAGAAGGAGGAAAACUAGUUGGAAUUGUAGAAAUAUUGGAUCGUCAAGAAAAAGGAAAUGACGAAGAAGUAAGUGUAGUUGAAAUGAUGCGUCAAGAAUAUCAAAUUCCAGUAGAAGCAAUUAUUACUUUCAAAGAUAUUAUAGAUUAUUCCAAAAAAGAACUAAAUGAAGAAAAAUUGAAAUUAAUACAAGAAUAUCGUGAGAAGUAUGUAGUAGAAAGUGCUCUCUAGAAGGGUAUAAUAGAUAUUUGAAAUGACUACCGCCGUUUAUAUAUACAUGAUUUGAGUAAUAUGCCAAAAUUUUUUUCAUUAAGUUCAUUAGUUUUUUUAAAAUAUAAAUAUAUAAACAUUUUAUUUGAUGUUUCUUUUUUUACAAGCGAAAAUCCAAGUGACGAUAGUGCUGUGCAAAAGGCUGUUCCUUCAUUAUCCAUAAAUCGAGAUUUAAUUUCAACAAUCCAUAGUUUUCCACUAUUUCAUAAUUUAGAAGACAAUUUUAAAAAUCUAAUAUAUUACUUCAUUUUCAAAAUUCUCCAUGCUUCUUUUAAAAAGUCGAUAUAAUUUGUUC